AUGUGGCCAUACUUGCAAACCAUGGAGCAGGAUGUGUUGGAUAUUUCUACACUAACUGAUUACGUUAGCUAUGCCCGAAAGCGUAUACAUCCACAACUGUCAGAUGAAGCUGAUGAUGAAUUGAUUACCGACUUCGUAAAAAUCAGGGGUAAUAACAACAACUCCGAGGCAGGUUCUUUUCUUCACAGGAACAUUGACAAGGAUCUUAUUACCAGUGAUGUUUCGGCAAGUGAAAGGAUCAGACGAAAAAGUUUGAUUCAAGACACUCGCAACCUAAUCAUGGAGAAAAUGCAAAUUGAGGGACGAUCCAUGCAUUUAUUGGAGAUAUUGGAAGAAUUGAAGAAUCAGAGCCCUGGCAAUGAAAUUCAUCUUAAUGAUGUAAGCCCCUUUCCAUUUUCCACUCUUGCAAACGAAGGAUGUCUUUCCAUGGCUGGUGAUAGUGUAAAAAGAACUUGA